AUGAGCAAGGGAUCACCGCACUCUUGGUACCUCUCAAUGAGUGCUCGGUACGGUGAUAUAGCUUCUGUAAGGCUCGGUUCAAACCUUGUUGUAUGCAUCAGCUCUACAAAAAUACUAAGAGAAUUGUUUAACAGAUUUGAAUCAACCGGUCGCCCACAAACACCAUUAAACGCUUUGAUGGGUGGACUAGGUAUAGUUCUAAGUGAGGAUAUUUUAUGGAAACGACAGCGAUAUUUCCUUCAUGACAAAUUUCGUGCGCUUGGAGUAAACUUGUGGAAGAAUCAGCGAUUGGAGAAAAUUAUUAUGGCUGAGAUCGAAGAAUUAUUAAGAAAUCUUGAAAAACGAGCAGAGGAGCCGGUUGAUCCUGUAAUGGUUCUUGGCAGACACUUGCAUAACGUAAUCUGCCAAUUAAUGAUGAGUUUCCGCUUCGAAGAAGGCAACGAAGAAUUCGUAAUUUUUAACGAAAGACUGUCCAGAAGUAUGAACCUUUACGGCUCAAUACACAUUGGAGAGCAUUUGCCGUGUUACCUGAAACUACCCGGUAAAAAAACCGUGCUAAAAGAAAUUAGACGCAGUUUGCAAGAUAUCAGCCAGUUUCAUGCAAAACAUAUUGAAAAACGUCUUAAAAAAAGAGCUGAUCUAUCUGGAAAAGAAGAACAAAAUGAUCUUUUGGAUUACUAUCUGGAACAAAUGCAAAAUGAAGAAACGGGAGCAGCUCAGGCAAUAUUCAAUAAUGUCGAUCCAGUAAAGCAAAUAGUACAAGUAAUGAAUGACCUUUUCUCGGCGGGCAUGGAAACUUCUAGGACCACCAUUGUUUGGCUUCUUCUGAUGAUGCUAAGGGAGCCAAAAGUAGCGCAGAAAGUUAUGGAUGACUUGUCGAACGUUGUGGAAGUAGGCAAAAUCGUCACAAUGGAGCACAGAUCCAAAUUACCAUAUGUAGAAGCAGUAAUUUAUGAAACUCUACGCAGAGUGUCUGUAGUUCCGUUGGGAACUACUCAUGUUAACACCAAGGAAUGGGAAAUCAAUGGCUACUCCAUACCUGCAGGCACGCAUAUAGUGCCAUUGAUAAACAAAAUUAACAUGGAUCCCAAAUACUUUUAUGAACCCGAAAAAUUUCUUCCGGAAAGAUUUCUUAAGAACGGAGUGUUAUGUAUUCCUGAAUGUUUUAUACCGUUUGGAGUUGGACGACGCAUAUGUUUGGGGAUGCAUUUGGCUAGAAUAGAAUUGUUUUUAUUUUUCACCAAUAUAAUGAAUAAUUAUAAGUUUACCCUGGCUGAUGGACAAGAAUUACCAGGGCUAGAAGGAACUUUUGGUGCAACGCAUUCACCACGACCUUAUACUCUUAUUUUUAAACAGUUGCAACUCAAGUAA